AUGGGUGGCGGACCUCGUGUCAAAUACCCCAAGCAUGUCUGGUCACCUGCUGGUGGCUGGUACACCAACCCUCCGAACUGGAAGGCCAACACCGCGGUCAGCCUGCUGGCAAUCGUUGGAGUGACGGCGAUGGUCUGGAAGAUCAGUGCCGAGAAGGAAUGGAGGCCACGCAUGCCCGAGAAGGAUCGGUAUUACCCAAGCAGACAUUGGAGCAAGCAAAUCAUUGAGCAUGAGCGUGCAGAGAGAGAGAAGGAGAAAGCAGGGCAAUAG